UACACCCUUAGGUGCUUCCGACUCGACCCGGGAUCGCGGCAGGGGCGGCGACAGAGCGGAAGGACCUCAUCGCCCCUGGACUCGGCCGCCCGGCCUCCCCGCGCCGCAGACGCCGAGCGCCCACCCCGGGCGCUGCAGGUCCCGCCGGUGCGGCGCGCGCCGGCCAGGCACCCCCCGGCCAUGGCUUCCAUGGGGCUGCAGGUGAUGGGCAUCGCGCUGGCCGUGCUGGGCUGGCUGGGCGCCAUCCUGAGUUGCGCGCUGCCCAUGUGGCGCGUGACGGCCUUCAUCGGCAGCAACAUCGUCACGUCGCAGACCAUCUGGGAGGGCCUGUGGAUGAACUGCGUGGUGCAGAGCACCGGGCAGAUGCAGUGCAAGGUGUACGACUCGCUGCUGGCGCUGCCGCAGGACCUGCAGGCGGCGCGCGCGCUCAUCGUCAUCAGCAUCGUGGUGGCCGUGCUGGGCGUGCUGCUGUCCGUGGUGGGCGGCAAGUGCACCAACUGCGUGGAGGACGAGGGCGCCAAGGCCAAGACCAUGAUCGUGGCGGGCGUGGUGUUCCUGCUGGCCGGCCUGCUGGUGAUGGUGCCCGUGUCCUGGACGGCCCACAACGUCAUCCGCGACUUCUACAACCCGCUGGUGUCGGCGGGCCAGAAGCGGGAGAUGGGCGCCGGCCUGUACAUCGGCUGGGCCGCGUCGGGGCUGCUGCUGCUGGGCGGCGCGCUGCUGUGCUGCAACUGCCCGCCGCGCGCCGACAAGCCCUACUCGGCCAAGUACUCGGCCGCGCGCUCCGGCCCGGCCAGCAACUACGUCUAG